GAAAAAAGUAUUUUACAUGAAUAAAAUGGAAUGGAAAAUACACUUUUGUAGAACACCCAGAACAGUCUAAAAGUAUUACCACUUUUAGAUGUGGUAUCUAAUCGUUUAGUGGGUUACAUAAUAAUCUUAUCCACAGUGUGAUCAGAAACUUUAAGUACUAAAAUUAAUGGCAUAGUUCGGAACAUCACUUAAUUUCUACUUGAAGUUUGUGCUCAUGAUGUCGUUCAGAAGAAUGAUGAAAGCUCCACGACCAAACCAUCCAGCUCAAAGAACAAAACUCCACCCAAAUCAUCCAGCUGGCCUACAAAUCUUCUCCACUAUCUCAAAAUCAUAUGAGCGUAGUACGCUUCUCGUUGUUGAAAAAUGCGAGAAUUUCACCAAAAGGCAGGCUUCCACUCUAGAACAACUGUAUUUUCUCCACGAGUGUCUUCGUCAACAUGUUCUACCAACAAGUGUAAGAUACAGACCUCCAAUCAAACACCCAUUGGUACGGAGAAUAGCUGUAUUAAAAUCUUCUACUUUCUACAAUUUAUAUAAUUCUUUACUGAAUAAUCCAGAUUUGUUAAUGGUUUCAUGAAAUCACUUCUUUUAGCAUAAACGCCUAUACCUGCAAAGUCAAUGAUUUAGUUGCUGCUGUUCUAAUUUUAUACUUUAUAAACAUAGAGACAGAAAUCAG